GUAACAAAUUCGCAUCUCUCUCUCUCUCUCUUUCUUUUUGUUGCUUAUUAUCCGUUUCAAUCACCUCUCCCUCUUCCUUAAAAAAAUCGAUUCUCCCGAAUUCGAGAGCAGAGCCUCUUUUUUUUUCAUUCGAAACUCUCUGUUUUGUUCUGAAUUCGUGGUUGGUUAAGAGGAAUUCAUAAAAACAACAACAACAACAAAAAAAUGACAGGCUUCUCUGUGUCUCUUUUCGUCUCCAACUUGUCAAACGUGGCCUCGUAUUUGUCUCCGAUCUUCGAGAGCAUCCCUUCCACCAAGGUUGUUCCCGCGCAGAUCGAGAAGGUUGUCUCUCUGGUUUCUCGUACCGGUAGAGAUUUGCAGCGUUACGAUAACUCUGGCUACCGUCAAGUCGUCGGAUGUGUACCGUACAGAUUCAAGAAACAAGAAGUCAAUGGAAUUGAAUCCCAAGAGAUCGAAGUUCUUCUUGUCAGUGCUCAAAAGAGCAAAGGAAUGUUAUUCCCUAAAGGGGGUUGGGAGACUGAUGAAUCGAUGGAGGAAGCAGCUCUGAGAGAGACGAUCGAGGAAGCGGGUGUAACAGGAGAGCUUGGUGAAAAGCUUGGGAGAUGGCAAUACAAAAGCAAAAGACAUAGCAUCAUUCACGAUGGUUACAUGUUUGCUCUGCUUGUUUCUCAAGAGUUUGAGCUAUGGCCCGAGGCUGAGAUCAGAGAGCGCAGGUGGGUAAGUUUGGAUGAAGCAAGAGAAGUUUGUCAGAACUGGUGGAUGAGAGAAGCUCUUGAAGCAUUCAUUAACCUGAAAUGUCUCACCAACGAUGGAAAUUAGUAGUACUCGGAAGAAGAAUACGAUGUUUAGAGUUGGUGGAACAGAGCAUUUGACUUUGAAACCCUCUACACCGAGCUGAAGCUUCCCGAGGGAUUCAUUUGGUCACAGGCAUCUCUCUGUCUCUUGAGAGGUGUGGAAAAGUUUUGAUUGUUAGAUAAAAGUCAACUCUUGUCUUCUAAUUUUAUUCAUUCUUUUGUACUAUUUGAUGAUUAUUCAUUCUUUCAUUGUGAAUAAAAUACUAGACAGGUUCCUUUUA